AUGGCCGCGAAGUCGGAUGGCGCGGCGGCCGCGGCCGGCCCGGGGCCGGAGGGGGCGGCCGGCGGGGCCCGCGGCGGGGCGGGCGGGCGCGGGGAAGCAGCCGCGGUGACAGGAGGCGCCGGGGCUGGGGCUUCAGGCCCGCGCUACGAGCUGCGGGACUGCUGCUGGGUGCUGUGCGCGUUGCUCGUGUUCUUCUCCGACGGCGCCACGGACCUGUGGCUGGCGGCCUCCUACUACCUGCAGGGUCAGCACACCUACUUCGGCCUCACCCUGCUGUUCGUGCUGCUGCCCUCGCUGGUCGUGCAGCUGCUCAGCUUCCGCUGGUUCGUCUACGACUACACCGAGCCCGCGGGGGCCCCGGGACCCGCCAUCAGCACCAAGGACAGCGCCACCGCCGCUGCCUUCAGGACCAAAGAAGGCAGCCCCGAACUGGGCCCCGGGUCCGCGCCUUCCCCGGCCGGCACCUACCGCCGCCGCUGCUGCCGCCUCUGCGUCUGGCUGCUGCAGACCCUCGUCCACCUCCUGCAGCUUGGCCAGGUCUGGAGGUACCUGCGCACACUCUACCUGGGGCUGCAAAGCCGCUGGCGCGGGGAGCAGCUCCGGCGCCACUUCUACUGGCAGAUGCUGUUUGAGAGCGCAGACGUGAGCAUGCUACGCCUGCUGGAGACCUUCCUGCGCAGCGCCCCACAGCUUGUGCUGCAGCUCAUCCUGCUGCUGCAGCGUGACCACGAGCCCAACCUGCUGCCUGCCCUGUCCACCUCGGCCUCACUCGUGUCCCUGGCCUGGACGCUGGCCUCCUACCAGAAGGUGCUGCGGGACUCACGGGACGACAAGCGACCCCUGUCCUACAAGGGUGCCGUGGCCCAGGUGCUGUGGCACCUGUUCACCAUUGCGGCCCGCAGCCUGGCCUUUGCGCUCUUCGCCAGCAUCUACAAGCUCUACUUCGGCAUCUUCAUCGUGGCCCACUGGUGUGUCAUGACCUUCUGGGUCAUCCAGGGCGAGACGGACUUCUGCAUGUCCAAGUGGGAGGAGAUCAUCUACAACAUGGUGGUGGGCAUCAUCUACAUCUUCUGCUGGUUCAACGUCAAGGAGGGCCGCAGCCGCCGCCGCAUGGCGCUCUACUACUGCCUCGUGCUGCUGGAGAACGCAGUGCUCACCGGCUUCUGGUAUUCCAGCCGCAGUUUCGCCACCGAUUUCCACUCCCUCAUCCUGGUCUGCGUGGUAGCCUCCAGCUUUGCACUGGGCAUCUUCUUCAUGUGCGUCUAUUACUGCCUCCUGCACCCCAAUGGGCCCAUGCUGGGUCCCCAGGCCCCCCCUGGAUGUAUCUGCCCUGAGUCCCCGCAGCCCUGCGGGCCACCAGCUGAUGCUAUCACAAGCCCCCCGAGGUCCCUGCCCAGGACUACAGGCGCUGAGCGCGAUGGGACCUCUGUGGGGGGUGAACGAGCCGGGACCCCCACUCUACCCGUCUUCCAGGUGCGGCCUGGCCUGCCUCCUACACCGGUGGCCCACACCUUACGGACAGAGGGGCCUGUCAUUCGGAUUGACUUGCCUCGGAAGAAGUAUCCGGCGUGGGAUGCUCACUUCAUCGACCGACGGCUGCGCAAGACCAUCCUGGCACUAGAAUAUUCCUCGCCAGUCACGCCCCGCGUGCAAUACCGGAGCGUGGGCACCUCGCAGGAACUACUGGAGUAUGAGACCACUGUGUAG